AUGUCAUUCCGCAGCUUUGAUAUUGAUUCUUUAGACGAAGACAUAUUAGCUCAAGAUGAACUUUUCGUUUUCUCUAAUGGAGUUGAAAUUACCCCAGAAAACGCCUCAAAACAUGUCAAAACAAAAGGAAUUGAGGUUAGGAACCAACUAACAAGGGGUGACACAGCUAAUGCAUUGAUAACGGCAAUAGAAAGUCCUCCGUACGGAGUUCACACAAUAGAUGCUAAAGAUCAAAAUACCAAAAUUGUAAUGGAUGUUCUAAAUUCUAUUAAAGCUACCGAUAUUCCAUCGUUAGUGAAAUUAUUAUCUAGGGAACAGCAAGAUAUCUUAAUGAAAUAUAUUUAUCGAGGGAUGUCGUCGCCCGAUUUAUACAAUUCAACUGUAUUAUUGAAUUGGCAUGAGAAGCUUACUGAAGUUGCUGGUGUAGGAUGCAUCGUUCGUGUAAUUACAGAUCGAAAGACCGUUUAA